UUCUCUUUCUCUUUUUAUAUAUAUAUAGAAGAAGAAGAAGUGGGCAUAGACCUUUGUCGCCAAGCUUAACCAUUAGAUCCAUACAAAGCUUAAGCUUACUAAAUUAGUGAACUAAAAGGGUAGUGUAUUGUGUGACUCUAUUACCAACUAAGGUUUGUUUCAAUUCUUUUUGCUUUGGGAAAGAUUUAUAGUGGGAAAUAAAGGGGAGUGUGAUUAAGAGUACUAAUUAAGGGAGAUUAAUCAAGAUUUAUCAUAAUGGUGAGGCCUCCUUGUUGUGACAAAGGAGGAGUGAAGAAAGGGCCAUGGACUCCUGAAGAAGAUAUCAUUUUAGUUACUUAUAUCCAAGAACAUGGUCCUGGUAAUUGGAGAGCUGUUCCCACUAAUACUGGGUUGCUUAGAUGCAGUAAGAGUUGUAGACUUAGAUGGACAAACUAUUUAAGGCCAGGGAUCAAAAGAGGUAACUUCACAGAACAUGAAGAAAAGAUGAUUGUUCAUCUCCAAGCCCUCUUGGGAAAUAGAUGGGCUGCAAUUGCGUCAUAUCUUCCACAAAGGACAGACAAUGACAUCAAGAACUAUUGGAACACUCAUUUGAAGAAGAAACUCAACAAAGUCAAUCAAGAUUCUCAUCAAGAACUUGACCAUUCCUCACUAUCAUCUUCACCAUCUUCUUCUUCAGCCAAUUCCAACUCAAACAUCUCAAGAGGCCAAUGGGAAAGACGGCUUCAAACCGAUAUACACUUGGCGAAAAAGGCGCUCUCCGAGGCUUUAUCUCCUGCGGUAGCACCAAUCAUCACUCACACGGCAACAACAACAACAACAACAUCAUCUUCUGCUGAAUCAAGACGCUCUACUUCCUCAGCUUCAGGGUUUCUUAGGACACAAGAAACAUCUACAACUUAUGCCUCAAGCACCGAGAAUAUCGCGAAAUUGCUCAAAGGUUGGGUGAAAAACUCUCCCAAGACUCAUAACUCUGCUGAUCAAAUCACUUGUAUAGACUCUGAGGUUAAGGAAGUGAUCAAGAGUGAUGAUGUGAAAGGCUUAGAGUCAACAUUUUCUGAGUUUGAUCAGUCAUCAUAUCAACAAGCUGGAGUUUCACCUGACCAUGAGACCAAACCAGACAUAACUGGAUGCAGUAACCAAAGUCAAUGGUCUUUGUUUGAGAAGUGGUUGUUUGAAGACUCUGGUGGACAAAUUGGUGAUAUUUUAUUGGAUGAAAACACUAAUUUCUUCUGAAGAGUUUGCUUUAAUUAUAAUCACAUGGUUCUAAUUUUAGGAUCUUCCUCUCUAUUUUUUUUUUUUGGGGUUUUCCAAAUUAACUCGUUUAAUAAUUUUAUUUGUUGUCCCUCGUUAAUUACAAUUAAUGAUGGGGUUGUUUUACAAAUUGGCCAGUGAAUUCUCAAAGGGCCUUGAAGUGUAUGUCCACCCAAUGAUUUUAGUA